AUGCAACAUUCAAACACAGGAGGGGGCUUUUUCUCCAAGAUUAAAGAAAAUUACGGCGCAAGAUUCGCUAAUCUAUCGUUGUCGUCACCAGCGGAAAAGGACGGCUCAACUGAAGAUGAUACCUUGAUUCAUCGAGCAUUUGUCAAAUACUAUGAAUCAAAAGGUCUUCCGUACCCAGAAUGGCUUGGGGUAAAAACAUUUGAUCAACAACAUCCCCACCAGCAACAACACCAGCAACAUCCAUCGUAUGGUCGAUCACAAAGUUAUUCAAGUGGAUCGUCAAAUAGUGGAGGACACGCUUAUCGGGGACACUCUUCAUCAACGCAAUUCCAACCUGUACGACAAGACAAUUUAUUCAACAAAAGCUAUUCCCAAAGAUCAUACAAUCAGCAGCAAAGAAUGCAAGAUGAAAAUGAUGCGGGGCAAGGCCAAACCCCACCUCCCUUUCAACGAAGUUCUAGUAAGUUGCAGGAAAUGUAUAACAAGUCCAGGCAACAAUCAACUCCUGGUUCAGGAUAUAAUUUUAGUAGGUACAGUCGGUAA